AUGCCACAUGCAGCAGAGGCCGAGAUGUACGUGCCGGAUGCACCACAGUGUGAUUUCCAAAAGAUACGCAUCAUCCACGUCGGCAUGGGGGCGAGUGGUUUGCUUGCGGCACACAAAGCACGCAAGAUGCUCUCGAAUUAUGAACUAGUAUGCUAUGAAAAGAACGAUACUGUGGGCGGAACUUGGUACGAGAACCGCUACCCAGGUUGCGCCUGUGACAUACCAGCUCACACGUAUACCUUCCCCUUCGACCCCAACCCAGACUGGAGUGGCUACUACGCCUAUGCCCCGGAGAUCCAGGAGUACUUCCUUCGCUUCUACAAGAAGCAUGAUCUCGAACCCUUUGUCGUACUAAGCACAGAAGUCCUAAGCGCCGAGUGGCACGAUCUUGAAGGCCAAUGGCAGGUUCAGCUCCGCCGAAAGGACGGCACGACUUUCGAAGAUACCUGCAAUAUCCUGAUUAACGGCUCCGGAGUCCUGACGAAGUGGAAGUGGCCAGCUAUCGACGGCCUACACGAUUUCAAGGGUACCCUAGCUCAUUCAGCCUACUGGCCUAAAAGCCUCGACUGGUCCGGCAAAAGCGUCGCCGUGAUUGGAACAGGUUCAAGCUCAAUUCAAAUGGUACCUCAACUCACGGCCAAAGCCAGUCACGUCACUGUCUUCAUGCGAAAUCAGACGUACAUUGCUCCUCAAUUCGGAGCAAGCAUCACGAACGAAGAAGCUGAUCCAGAGUCUAUGAAUCCUGCAGCGGCUGGUAAGCAUCAGUAUACUGAGAAGGAGAAAUGCCGGUUCCGCGAGGAUCCGGAGUACCAUCUCAAGUACCGACAGCGGAUGGAGGGAAGUAUUGUCGGAGGCUGGGAUAUGUUUUAUCGUAGCUCGGACUUGAAUGUGCAGGUGAGGAAGUACAUGCAGGAGCAGAUGCGUGAGCGGCUGGGGGAUCGGGAUGACUUGAAGGAAAGGAUCAUUCCUGUUUGGAGUCCUGGGUGUCGACGUCUUACGCCGGGCGAAGGCUACUUGGAGGCCCUGAUCGCGAAGAAUGUGACCUGCAACUUCGACAACAUCGUUAAUGUGAACGAGACCGGACUACAAACGAUCAAGGGUGACCCGAUUAAUGUCGAUAUCCUGGUUUGUGCGACUGGCUUCGAUGUUCAGUACCAGCCGCAUUUUCGAAUCACUGGCCUCAGCGGACAGAUCAUGCAAGAACAGAAUGAGCCGAACGUGUAUGCUUCUAUCUCGUGCCCGGGUUUUCCCAAUUACUUCGUCAUCAAUGGACCGCGAGGGAACUGGGGCCAGGGCUGUGCGUUGCCUAGCCAUGAGGUGCAGAUGGAGUAUAUUCUGCAAUGUGCCAGGGAAAAUGCAGGAAGACCAAAUCAAGAGUAUGCACCCGAAGCUCAACGUCACGAACCAGCUGAAUCACACAGCAUAUGGAGUGAAGAAUGCAAAAGCUGGUACAAAGACAACACAGUCGAUGGCCGGAUCCACAUCUGGCCAGGCAGUCUUCUCCACCAUCUCAAGUACCUCAAGCAUCCACGCUAUGAGCAUUAUGAGAUCGUGUACAAGGAUCCAGACAACAUGUUCGCAUUUCUUGGCAACGGACGGACAAUUGGACAGGUGAAGUUUGGCGCUGAAGCACCUGUGCCUUAUAUUCGGAAUGAGGAAGAUUUGCCAUGGGAUAUCGAGUGA